UAUUAUGACUAUCAUGGUCGAUCUAUAAGUUGCUAUCGAUUACAUUUUAACAAAGUUCAUUUAUUGUUAAUAAAUAUUUCACCACACAGCUGUUUGAAAGUUUUACAUAAAAUAAAAUGGCUGAUGAAAUAACCUCGGAAAGUUUUAUUCCAGCUGUGAUUAUUCUGUCCUGUGUAAUGGUUGUUGGAUUUGUUGGUAAUCUGCAUGUUAUUUUCGUAUAUGCGUUUCGGUUAAAGCCAACAAACCAUGGAUUUUUUAUUAUAGUUCUAAGCAUUUACGAUAUCAGUGCAUGUACAGUUCUUAUACCUUUCAUGAUAUACAUGUACAUCAAUCCAUGGACAUAUGGCAGUGUUUUUAUGUGUAGAAUCUCCCGGUUCAUGAUGGGUUUAAUUUUCGAUGGAUCUAUACUCACCCUACUAUUAGUAGCUGUUUACAGGUAUAGAAAGAUAUGUCGUCCACAUGGAUGGCAGAUAAAAAAUCGAGUUGCUAAACUGCUUUGCUUUAUUUCCGCGAUAUCUGCCUGUGUUUGUUCAUGUCCGUUAAUUGUUUUCAGUGAGGUAAGCACACACUCCUUAGGAAAUAAAACAUUUACAGUGUGCGGUGCAGUUGAAGGGACCAUAAAGUAUGGCCUUUAUUAUUAUAUAUUUUUGGCACUGAUGGCUUUUGUGUCUUUAUGCGCUUUGGUAUCUCUGUAUGCGUGUAUUUUAAAAGCAGCAUCAAUAUUACACGCCAAAGAAAGCUAUGGUGAUGUUAACAAAAGUGGUGUGACAGGUUUGAAGCAUAUAAAACUAAAUGUUUUAAAUAGACAUAAAGAACUACCAACUUCAUGUUCAAAGAUAAUUGUUUCGCCAGAAGUGGGAUAUAACCAAGAUAACAUUGAGGGCAAGACAAGAGAUAACAGCGAGACUUUAGCCACCUGCUCAGCCAACCAAAUCAAAACAGAGACAACAUAUGACAAUCUCCUGAGAAGGAACAGAAUUCGACAAAUAACACUAGCUUUUAUAUUAGUGACAGUGUUCUUUUGUAUUAGCUAUAUUCCAUUUUUAUCUUUGCAAAUCGUUAUGAAACAGAGACAAAUGUCCUCUUCAUACCUCACUAUAGAUAGUUAUAUUGCAAUACGCAUUACAAUGACCUGUAUAUAUAUCAACAGCAUGGUAAACUGUUUUAUAUACAGCUGUUUUGACAGACAAUUCAGACAGGAAAUAGGGAUGCUAUAUAAAACGUUAUGUCGCAGACGAAAAGACCGACGAUCCAAUUAAUACAUAAAAACCUCAGAAAACCAUCUAGUUGGACUUUCAAUGAUUAAGAUUUGAUCAUGAAAGCGUCACGUAUGAUUUUUUGUAGUUUUUUUUUUUUUUCGACUUUUACUAUGCAAUUUAUUUUCAGUCUUGGUCUUGCUUAAGUGGUAAAUGUCAUGUGAAUUUUACAACUUUGAAUAUUUAAAAUGUGUGACGUUUAAAAAACAAGAAGCAAGUGAAUUGUGCAUUUAUUUAAAAAAAUGUAAAAAAGAAAAAGCUGUAACAAAGAAAAUUCUGUUUUGUCAGCCAGUUACUAGACAAGUUUUGGUGCCAUUCUGAACCCCAAUUUAUAUGAUGGGUAUGUAAUAAAAUGCAGUAAAUAUUACCUCAUUGCAUAUUAUUUUCAAACAUUUCAAUUUAUGUUUAUGUGCCUAGUACGUGACAAGUAAAUAAUUGAAUAAUACGUUUAUAAUCUAAAUGACAAAUAAGUCAGAAGAAACAUUUAUUAUCGUUGAGUGUGGGGCUAUAACUGUAACCUCGUUUCAAGCCUAUUUCACAAUGUUCGAUAUUCCUAAAUACUUGGACACAUGGAAUCACCUUUUUCUUUCCAACAUGCCAUUAAUUUCAACUUACAUUCUAACAGAAAACGUGUACUACCAAUAAACGAGUUCGAGGCAAUAAGAAAUUUAUACUAUUGUGAAUCGUUAUUACAUGCCCAAAGACAUGUCUUCGGGACGUUUUAUGGUGUGUGUCUGUUCGUCUGUCUGGAUUAAAUUCAAAGGUUUAUUGGCUUCAUUCAAUCUUUAAUUUUAGUUAAAAUUAUUUUGUUUUUAUUAGGCUUGCAAAUAUGUUUUAUCAAAACACAAGUCACGUUUGAUUUUUUUACCCCCAUCAAAAAGAUAAACUACAAAACUCAUUCUUAUCCCCGCCAUAGGUUGUAUCAAAGUACUGAAUGGGCUGGGUAUAAGUUAUUAUAUGGUAAUUUUUCUACACUAUGUAACAUUACGUUAAUGACAAGAAAACACAUACAAGAGCCCGACAAAGCAAGAGAAAAAUUACAAUUUAAAGACAUCAAUUUUUAUAAAGCUUCGACCUUUUAUGUUCAGACCAGUUUUAUCUGUGAUGCUAGUCGUUUCUGACGAAUUUGACUGACAAGUCUGAUCGUCGUUAGACCAUCAUAAGAUUCUGUAGAUUAAUCUCUGAGUGAUGGGCGAGUAAUUGCAUGACAAGUGUUUUAUGUAUUGACAUUUUCAUGAUUUUUGAGUAGUUGUAUGACAGUUGUUUUAGUGUAUUUACAUUUUUAUGAUUUGUGAGUAGUUGCAUCACAAGUGUUUUAAGUAUUGACAUUUUCAUGAUUUAUGAGUAGUUUUAUGACAGGUCUUUUAUGUAUUGGCAUUUUCAUGAUUUUUGAGUAGUUGUAUGACAGGUGUUUUGUGUAUUGUCACUAUGUUUUUAAUGAUUUAUAAGUAGUUCUAUGACAGGUCUUUUAUGUAUUGACAUUUUCAUGAGUUUUGAGUAGUUGUAUGACAGGUGUUUUAUGUAUUUUUGCAUCUUUAUAAUUUUUGUGUAGUUGUAUGACAGGUCUUUUGUGUAUUGACAUUAAUUGUUUCAUGAUUUGUGAGUAUUUGUAUGACAGGUGUAUUGUGUAUUGACAUUUUCAUGAUUUGUGUGUAGUUGUAUGACAGAUCUUUUAUGUAUUGAUAUUUUCGUGAUUUGUGAGUAUUUGUAUGACAGGGAAUUUUAUGUAUUGACAUUUUCAUUAUUUGUGAGUAUUUGUAUGACAGGUGUAUUGUGUAUUGACAUUUUCAUGAUUUGUGAGUAGUUGUAUGGCAGGGUGUUUUAUGUAUUGACAUUUUCAUUAUUUGUGAGUAUUUGUAUGACAGGUGUUUUGUGUAUUGACAUUUUUAUGAUUUGUGAGUAGUUGUAUGACAGGUGUUUUGUGUAUUGACAUUUUCAUGAUUUGUGAGUAGUUGUAUGACAGGGUGUUUUAUGUAUUGACAUAUUCAUUAUUUGUAACAACGCUACAUUUAAUAAAACCUGGUAUCCUG